AUGUCGGAUGACGAUCCCAGCGUCGGCUGGCAGGCCAGCCCCGAUCGCCGAGGCACGCUCACGCUCCUUACCAGCUGCCUGGUCACCAUUUUCGCCUGCACGUGGAGCGUCCAGCACUUGAACUUGCCCGGGCCUAAGGAUGGCGCGUGGACCCGUCUCGUCCGGAAAUGCAAGUGGAUGAUCAUCACAGUUCUCUUUCCCGAGUUCAUCCUCGCCCAUGCCAUUUUCGAGCUCGCCAUGGCCAUCGACGACCUUGCCAAGCUCAAGGAACGGGGAGCCGCGAUAUCGCCUCCCUGGUGGCUCAGACUUGCUCAGGAAAAGCCGGCGAACCUCUUUUCGUCCCUCGCGGGGGUGAUGUCCUGCCGCCGACGGAAUGCGGCAACUGAGGAGAGUGAAGCAGCCGCGGCUGGCCCGACCCCGUGGACUCUGACGCACUGUUACCUGGCCAACAUGGGGGGCUUCAGCGUCAAGCUCAGCCCGCAGAAAAACCCGUGCACAGCCCAGUACUCCUUGUCCCCUGCUCCUUUCUCCUGGGAAGACUAUAAGCCGAAGACCGCGAGCCAGCUGGCCAAGUUGUGGAGCGAGAACACGGCGCUCAACAUUUCCGAGGCCGAGGUGGCGGACAAGAGCAAAACCGACUACCUAUCCAAAGCGGUGGCCGUGGUGCAGAUAGCGAAUCUCGCCGUGUCGGUCGUCGUCCGGAGCGUCCGCCACCUCGCCAUCUCCCAGCUCGAGAUCGUGACGCUGGCGUUCGCCGUGUGCGGCGUCCUGGCGUACGCAGCGUACUGGUACAAGCCCCAGGGCGUGGAGAUCCCGGUCGGCGUCGAGCUGAGAUGCAGGGCGACGGAGCUAGAGCAGCUCAGAGCCACGAGUGAGCCGCGGCCUUUCGACCGGUUCUGGGAGGUCGUGACCAACAGAUACAGGGUGAAGUUUAACGUCACAGGGAUCAGGGUCCUAGGUCUCGACAGCGUGGCUGGGGACUGGGAUCGGGUGCCGAACGACAACCUGCCGCGGAUGGCCAACCAGACGCAUUCGGCCCUGUUUGUGCUUACGUUCUUGACCGUGAGCUUUGGAGCAAUCCAUCUGGCGGCAUGGAAUUUCUCGUUCCCCAGCCGCGUGGAGCAAAUUCUGUGGAGGGUGUCCACGAUCGUGGCGAUGGUGGUGCCGCCACUGGCACUGCUGGCACUGCCGCUCGUCCAGCUGCACCGGCGCUGGGGCGAUCCUCAGAACUUCAUAGAAGGGCUUCGAAGAGCCCUGGAGGCCUUAGUGUUCGCAUUGAGGAACCCCUCCCAGGAUGACGACCUCAGAGUACCCUUCUGGAAGCAAGCGGCGGAUCUAGCACAGUACCGUGCAGAACUGGCUGAGCAGGCUCUCCAGGCUCUCCGGCGCCUCCCAGUCGGAUGGGAGAUGGAGCAAGGGCCAUCAAUGCAGGUUCCCUACAAGGAUGUCUUCGAACCGCUUGAAACCGGUAUGAUCUUGUGCACCGGACUGGCCUACGUGGCAUGGGACAGCCGUGUUUGCGGGACGGGGCCCCUGAGGGCGCUGCAUCUGCCCAAGCAGUUCGACUCACAACUGACUUACCUCGCUGAGAUCCUGCUGGGUGCUGCGCCCAAGAAAAUCCGGGACGACGCCGUCACAGGUGUUUACCCACGCCGGCCCUUGAUCCCGCCAUGGGUGAACAUGGGCAUCAUCUAUGUCACGGGCCUCGUCUACUGCAUGGCGAGGCUCAGCAUCAUCGCGCUCGCCUUCUCGUGUCUGCGGUCGAUGCCCAACUCGGUUUAUGUCGACACGUGGACGAAGAACAUACCCAGCUUUCAGUGAUGCCCUCGCCGUCGCCCUGAGGCAACUUCCGGGAGAAUGUGAGUUCCAUCUCAAAGAUGGACCGAAUCUUUGACACCCUGUGCUGAACUAGUGAGAAUGUACACUACACUCUGUACGAGAAGAAGGAUUGGAAAAAGCAAGGUGUCAUACCCGGGCCAUCUGCGGCCCCGGCCCAGCGCCCCGGGCCGGCAUACCGAGAUUAGGCACCACCAGGCCGGGCGCCCAACUGCGGCCCAACCUGCGCCCUCUCCUCUGCAGUCUUCCACAAUCCCUACAAUAUCUUCAAC